AUGUCCGACUCUAAUGACAACAGUCGUCGCGAGCGACCGUUGCUCUUCUCCGUGAACCGGAAAUUACGCCAUCUACAAGGUUUAUCAAUUCGGAAUCUAUCCAUCAGUCCUCCCACCCGAGCUCGCGGUAAGACGAUCGAUGACGAUGAUAUCCCCUACACUCUGAAAACACCGGUCAAGCUUGCCAGUCAGGCGCAAAAUCGAACCGUGACCCAGUCUCGCUCAUACACGGAUCUCAAAUCAAUAACUCCUAGGGUGCAGCCCUUGGACCGUGACCAGGACCAACGUAAUAAACAAAUACAAGAAUCGGGACGUAUUCGCCGACGGAGCACUCUGCCAUGGAGUGGAGGGAACCUGGAAAGUCGACAAACAAAAUUAGAGAGCAUCGCACGCAGUAGGAUGGCGGAUGUCUGGUUUUCCAUUCACUGCGAUGGAAUUGACGGCCCUGUCUACAUUAGUGAAGUCGUCGAGAGAACGACAAACCCGGACUUUCGCGUGCUUGACCUCAACGUGUGUGGGCCUCAUGUCUCUAGAUUGGAUAAAUUGACCGUCAAAUUAUGGGUCAAAUCAGAAAGCAUGGAUGAGUACACACUACUUCUCGAGCUUCGUUUGAGUUUUAGGUCUCUACAAUUCGUUGGUAAAUCAUUAGAGACUUUUCAUCAGCCACUUCCUCCGAAUUGCGUUUUGUUCCAUUUCGCGGACGGCAUAUUCACAAAUCUCACCGACUUGCCGCCAACUCAGACUAGCCUUACAACUGUCGCAAAUGAGGCCACUCAAAUUGCGCCUCAAAGCACCUCUUCGUACGAUGCAUUAAUGCGAUUGGCGAAUCUAGACGACUGCAUACAGGAUGCAUUGGCAACAAGGGAAAAGCUUGAAUCUCAGAUUAAUGUUCUACUGAAGAAACACGAGAAAAGCCUUGAGUCACUCAACCAGGUAUCCCAGGCUAAAGAAAAGGCGGCCUUGAUUAAGAGAAGCAUUGCCAAUGAGAAAAAGCAAGUUCGCUUGAGUGCCAAACGAAAGGACGAGCUGAUCGCUAGCAUCAACGCACGAAGGGAAUCUAUGAUCUCGGCCCGUGAACAUCAGAACAAGACGCGGACUCACUUGUCGGAUGCUCAGCUGAAAUUGACAACAAGCACGGCUUUGCUGGAGCAUAAUCAAGAAGAUACCAAGGGCCAGAUUCGGCGUAUAUGCGAGGACCUGCUGGCAAUAUAUCCCAUUGAGCCCCUCUCCGACAAAGCGUUGGCCUUUACUAUUGCUGGAAUACAUCUACCCAACUCUAAAUUUGAUGAUAUUGACAGGGAGCUGGUAGCAGCAGCUCUCGGCUAUACCGGUCAUCUCGUUUAUCUACUCUCAUUUUACCUUUCAGUUCCUCUACCUUAUCCUAUCAAGCCCUACAUGUCGAGCACCUUUAUCCAGGACCCAGUAUCCUCAGGACUUUCACGCCGUACAUUUCCGUUGUACCCGGUCAAUGUUCAGUAUCGGUUUGAGUAUGGCGUGUUUUUGUUGAAUAAGGAUAUUGAGGUCCUGAUGAACCGCUUUGGUCUCCGGGUCCUCGAUAUUCGGCAUACACUACCGAAUCUCAAAUACCUCCUCUACGUCUUGACGGCUCGAACGAACGAGCUGCCUGCCCGGAAAGCAGGAGGUGUUCGAGGUCUUCUUCUUGGCCGCGGCACACCGGUGAUGUCUAGGCAAAAUAGUCAGGAUAGUUUUGCUAGUAGCGAAGCUCGAAUGCCUUCGGAACUGCAACCUCGAACGACGCUACCGAACAACAAUGUCAAUAAGAGUCAAGCAUUGUACUCGAAGCAGGCUCUUCUGAAACAAGUCGACCCUGGAAAUAAGGAUGUGAGAAAUGCUGUCUAG